ACAGGAACAAGAACAAGAACAAGAAGACGGUUGAGGGAAAUGAAGAGUUUGAAAAACAACGAAAAAACAAUAAACGACGACAUAUUGAACCACUAAUGAAACACAGAUGGUGUUCCUGUUUUGGAUUUGACGUCUCUCUUCCUCCCAAAUCUGACUGAGAUGUCUUCAGUCCAUAGAAACUGAGAUCCUGCUGUAUACAAUGAUGUUGAGGAAACAUUUGACAGUUGCACCAUUGCUGAUACUUGUGUUCAGUGUCUUCAGAGGACAUACCCUCACAUGUCAUCGAACAGAGUAUGAGAACGGGGAUCUAUGCUGUCCUAGGUGUCCUGCUGGAAGUCGAGUUAGGAAACAUUGCAAAGAGUUCGGUACUUCCUGUUUGAAUUGUGAUGAGGGAACAUUCAUGGAUCAGCCUACAGGACUUACAGAAUGUUUUCCCUGUGUACGCUGUGAUUCAGGUUCUGGUUUAAAGAUAAAGACAGCAUGUACGACUACAUCAGAUACAGUUUGUGAACCACUGGAGGGAUUCUACUGUAAGGACUCUUCAGAAAAAGGCUGUGUGGAAGCACAGAAACACAGCAGCUGUCAACCAGGACAAUAUAUCAGCCAAAAUGGAACAGCAUUAAAGGACACUGAGUGCUCUGACUGCAGAGAUGGAACAUUUUCAGAUGGGACAUUAUUGACAUCGUGUCAGCCACACACACAAUGUCAAUCAUUGAAUCUUCAGCUGAUAAAACCAGGAACUGCUUCAACGGAUGCUGAAUGUGGAGAACAAAGUUCAGGAGCUGUGAUCGGCAUCGUGGUGUCUGUGAUAUGUUUAGUGGUCGGACUAGCUAUAGCUCUGUUUUUAUGGCGUCUCAAAAAGAAGAAAGACACAGGAGGAAAAAGGAAUGCAGACAAUCAACAACAGUACGUCAAAAACAGUAAACAUCCAACUGAAGAAGAAGAACAGCUGCAGGGUGUGGCUGUGACAAAAGACACUGCAGAGGGAAUGUCCAUGUUCAGUCAAAUCUAGUUGGAUGCUGACACAUUGUAAGUUGUACAGAAAUGAAUCAGUCCAAGGUGAAUUUUGGGCACUGUGCUCUAAAUUGAACACCUGCUGGUCUGCAGCCUGCAUCACUAUCUUACAGAGAUGUUACUGGACAGAGACUAGUCAGUCUGGAGUAACAGCUUGGAGCAAGUCAGGGACUAAGUAUGUAACGGCUCCAGGCUCUUCACUCAUAACUUCUGCUCCAUCUCUCUCACCUGUACAUGUUGCUGCUUGUACAGUGAGCUCUCCUUGUGUGGAUCACCUUAAAGGCCAACAUCUUCCCAUCCCUGUCAUUACAAGCUACAGAUCACACAGACAUCAUGUGUCUGAAGGCAGGUAUCUGGCUCUGCUCAAUGCUCGCUCCCUUACCAGCAAGACAUUUCUUCUCAAAGAUGUAUUUUUUAGGGAAAAUUUGGAUUUUCGGAUCUUUACUGAAACAGAGAAUUCGUCCAACAUUGAACUUUGUCCUGCAGACUUUAACUUCAUCAGGACACCGAGGCUGUCAAGCCGUGAUGGUGGUCUGGCAGUGAUUUUUAGAAAUAGCGUAGAAAUCGGUUGGCCUCUCAAAGUCCAACCCCACGUCCACGUCGUGAGAGGCGGUAACAGCUAUAAGUACGGGAUUGCCAGGCUGGGUGAAGUAUGGAGGGAGGCCACUGAGGCCACCCGGGCCGUUACGGUAGCCAUGAAGGCCUGCCUGGACCCACCCAGAAACACGCUGGCAAACGGGGCUCCGGUGAAGCUAGGUGGGCCAAUCACCCGCCUAGUGGAUAAACAUGAUUACAGAAACCUUCAUGGAUAACAUUCAGCAAGGUUUGGAAGUAGAAGGUGUCAAAAUUCAAAAUUCAGUGGCUCUGUUUCAAUCUAGACUAAGAUCCUCUGUUAAGUCUUCACCUUAGAUAAAUAAGUAAAUUCACAAUUUGAACUACCUUUCACCUUUUUGAUUAGAGGACAUCUCCAAAUCUAAUUGUUAAUGAAAAAAUGUGGUUGAAGAUAACAAAUAGAUUGUGUUUGUUUUUUUUUAUCUCAGUCUGUAGGACUCAUUAGGAAAAUCCGUCCACUUCUUAAUAGAUCCUGUUUAUUGACAUUAUAUUAUUGUUUAGCCAUCAGAGGACGAAAGAUGCACCGAUGCCUCCAAACAAUAUUUGACAAAACUGACUGAUGUUGAUAUUACUAAAUGUUAUUUCAGACA